AAUAUUUUUUUGGCAACAGGAAUAAGUUGUUAAAAUAUUUUUUGGCAACAGGAAUUGGAAAGAUGAAGCGGGGAGGAUAGUGAGUGGUGCUGCUUAAUAUGUGGCAUCAUGGGGCUGCAGGUUUUCUGACCCCCACACUUGUCCUUCUUCUUUACAUGUUCAAAAGCUGCUCCAAUUGAAAUUGCCCCUUUUUGCCUGAGGAGCUUCGACAACAUGCCGCCGGAAGAAACAGCGUGGAAAUCAACACUGGAUAAACCACUCUAUCAACUAACUGAAGAUGACAUUUCUCAACUCACUCGCGAAGAUUGCCGCCGUUACCUCAAACAAAAAGGGAUGAGAAAGCCGUCGUGGAAUAAAUCACAAGCGAUUCAGCAAGUCAUUUCGCUAAAAGCUCUCCUUGAAACGACGCCGGAUAAUCACCCCGCUAUUCCCAGAAUACUUCACAUUCCUCAUGUUCAGAGAGGGAAAUUUACGGAAGCCGGUGAACCUUCUAAAUCGGCUGAAGCAACGGUGCCUCGUGGAAGAAAUCAGCAGGAUAGACCUGAUUAUUUCACUGUCCAGCCGCUCGCUGUUGUUGAUAACUCAGCUCCUUCUAGAACAAUAGGUACAGCAGAUACACCAGUAGGACAAAUGACCAUCUUCUACAGUGGCAAGGUGAAUGUCUAUGAUGAUGUGCCUGCCGACAAGGCACAAACAAUCAUGUGUCUUGCUUCAAGCCCCCUCUGUGUGCCUUCAGAAACUCCGUCGAAUGCUACUGUAGCAGCUCGACAUACAGCAUGCAAUUUACAAGCUGCAACUACUAAACUGCGCCCAGAUACUGAUUUGGUACCAACUAUUCAAACAGUGAAAAUGAGUGAAGUUUCUCGCAUUCCUGUAUACGAAAGCAACAGCUUUUAUGAUGAUAAUCCUGUGGAGAGCCCUGCAAGCAGGAAAGCAUCAGUACAAAGAUAUCGUGAGAAGCGAAAAGACAGGUUCAAGUGCAAGAGAAAGGUAGAAAUAACUUCAUCAGCUAGCGUGGAUAUCUAUUUAAAUGAUCGAAUGGGGACUCGUACGUCAAGUGACCACACAAGUGAGGCUGAUCUUUGCUUCACACCCCGCAUUAAACUAUCUACUGCACCUACAGGAAGUGGUCCCACACUAGACAAUGUUCAGAUGAAUCCCACUUUUUCUAGUGGUCUCAAUGACAGAGGUGUUAAAGAGUGAAUGUUGGAAACUUAAUGGUUGGGGAUGCGCACCAGAUCUCUGUUUUGUCUUGAAAGGUUUGGAGGCCAUGUCAUGUUCUAGCGUCUGAAUAGUUGAAUGAAGUGGGAUGCCGAUGGCACGUUUUCUUAGGACAGUAUAUGUGAAACCGCCGUUCUCUAUCUAGGUUCAUCUGUUAUGUAAAUGAAGAGAAAAUUAGUGAAACAUUUGUCUGGUCAUGAAACGUUUUCUUUUCCUCUUUUCUCAUCACAGCUAGUCUACAUCUUCAAUAUUGAUUUUAGGCUGUUACUUUUCCUUGUUGCUGGAACCAUUCUCAAUGAUCUCGCGUACUUGGAAGUAGCAAUUACAUGUCCAAUUUUUCUGAAA